UCAAUAGACUUAAACUUAACUGUAAUUCAUUUUUCUGGUAACAGACAAAACAAGACCUUUUGUCCUUCUGAAACAGUUUAUCAGGAAAUUUUGUUAACCUAAAUACAACUAAUAAAACAAUGUUUACUGUGAAUGCGAUGUAAUUAAGGAAGUGGAACUGCAAACUUGCUGAGAAUUGUUUCCCCUUGGACAGGAUCAGUCCUUUCAGGUUUCCAUUAGAAAACAUUUUCUAAAACACAUGCCAGUUGUUGACAAUGAAAGCAAAAAUAGAGGGUGGAAAUACAAAAUGACAGGUAGAACGUAAUGCCUUUUUAGCAGUUUCUCAGUGCAAACUAAUACUGGUAAAAGCAUCUCCUUUAGAAAGAUGUUUUAGAGCUGACUAGUUUUGUAUAGCUAUUUACUUGGCAUAGCAGCAUUGGGAACAUCUGAUCUGUACAGUCUUGUUGUGUGAAGACUACUACAGAAAUAAAACAAAUAAAACUUCUGUUUCCUGAUGUGGUUGUGGCUAGUGUAGCAUGUCCUGAAUUCACAUCGUUUUAGAAGAAAAAAAUGAAAAAUGUAUGGAUUAAGAUUUGGAGGCAACUGUUACUGAGAAGAGUUUGGCGUCAGAAGGGAAACAGCUGUUAGUUCAAACACUGCCAAAGAUUAUGCAUGAAAACCAGUUCGUGCACGUUUGGCUUGUUUCUGCUUAACAAAGGGAUGUCAGAUCCACUGCAUCACAAAUCCUCCCCCACUCUUCUCCCUUAUAUUACUACUGAGGCUGUCUACAGACUCCAGUAUACAAAUAAAGACUACAGUGCUGCUUCAGAGAUUCUCAUUUACAGCAUCUUCACAGCCAUCCCCUGCUAUGUCAGUGCUAAAUGUCUCCGGAAAAUCUGCAAUAGCACUUCUGAUCACCAUGGCUGCAGUGGAUCGCUUCAACCUGCUGUACAGAGAGAUCAGUCGUUCCUGCAGUUUUUACAUCGAGGCUCUGGCUAUAGUUGGAGCUUGGUACACAGUCAGAAAAUGUGUGACUCUUGUGUUUGACACUUAUAGCAUGCUCAGGCUGCAUGCUAUUCCAAAGCUGGUUGGUGAGAUUGAUAUUGUCAAGCGGUAUGGAAGAUGGGCAGUGGUCACUGGUAGCACAGAUGGUAUUGGGAAGGCAUAUGCUGAAGAACUGGCCAAACGUGGUGUCAAUAUCAUCUUAAUCAGCCGAAGCAAAGAGAAGCUGGAGGCUGUAUCUAGAACCAUAUCUGAAACUUAUAAAGUGGAAACAGAUUUCAUAGUAGCUGACUUCAGUAAGGGGCGUGAGGCUUACCAAGCCAUUAAGGAGGGCCUGAAAGAUAGAGAAAUCGGAAUUUUGGUGAAUAACGUAGGACUGUUUAAUACCUACCCGGACUAUUUUACUAACCUGUCUGAGGAUAUGCUGUGGGACAUGAUCAACGUAAAUAUUGCUUCUGCUAACAUGAUGGUGCAUAUCGUGUUGCCAGGCAUGGUAGAGAAGAAGAAAGGUGCAAUUGUGAAUGUCUCAUCUGCUUCCUGUUGUCAGCCAACACCAAUGCUAACAAUCUAUGGAGCCUCUAAAGCCUACUUGGACUAUUUCAGUAGAGCAUUGUAUUAUGAAUAUGCUUCAAAAGGAAUUUUUAUUCAGAGUUUAACCCCAUUUGUAAUUGCUACAAAAAUGGUAUCAUGCAGUAGCAUUGCAUCAAAGAGAUCUUUCUUUUUUCCUUCUGCUGAAGAAUACGCAAGUCACGCUAUUUCUACCCUUGGGUUAUCCAAAAGGACUCCUGGUUACUGGAAGCAUUCAAUACAGUUCACACUGGGUCAACGUCUACCUGAAUGGAUCUGGGCAUGGUUUACACAAUACUUCUGCAGAAUUGUACGCAAGGAGGCUUUAACACACAAAGCAGAAUAGGAAUGUCCAGAUGUCCAGUAUAAAUGAGUACUGGAAUCUGAUCAGAGUACUACAAAACUGCCAAGUGAAUCCUGGAUUUACUGUAAUUUAUCCAUAUCUUGCUGAACAGUGUAACUAGUGUUACUCAUAACAAUAACCUAGACAUUAUAAGUUUGGAUCCUGCAUCUUUGUGCUACGUAGCUCCGUCUCUGCAUUCCUCCAGGACAAAGAGUUGAUCUUGCAUAGGUUAGUCUCAGUUCACUUUGUCUCUAAGGUAAUCGGACAGGAGCAGAUAUAACAUUAAUUCUGAUAGUAAAUAACUGUCUUUUGCAUAGUGCUGAGUAAUCUUGAUUUGUAAAGUUAACAGAAUUUGAGAAUUCUCCAUCUCUGGUGAUAAUGGGCCCAAAACAAACCAUAUUGUUUUAAAAAGACAGUCCUAGUCAAUUAAUAUGCAGUUUAUGAGAGUCUUCUGAUCUUUCCAUGGCAGAUAUUCGUAUGUUUUAAGGGAAAAUAUUGUUGCUUUUGAAUGAGGUACUUAGCAGAAUUAAGAUGUAUGAUAAAGUCAUACUAAUUUGGAGUUUGUUUAAAUGACAGAAAAGAUCUUACAGAACUGCAAAGGAAUUUGAAGAUAAUGUUUUUUUUUCUUUCUUAUUCAAGUGUGGAUGCUCUUGACAGCACUUCAAAUAUUCCUUCAGCAAUCUGAAGCAUGGCUGAAGAAUUGAAACAGAUUGUAAAAAUACAUUAGCUAAAGAAAAAUAACAGAGAAAUAGUGUGUUAAGAACAGUGGUUGGAUUCAUAUGACAAUUAAAAAAAAAGUUACUGAA